CACCACCAGCACCAUCACCACCGUGUGCAUGGGGAGCGGCGCGGAACAGCGGCGGCGGUGUUCGGUGGUGGUGACGGCAGUCGUGGUUGGUGGUGGAGACGGCAGUGGUGGUUGGUGGUGGUGGUGGUGACGGCAGUGGUGGUUGGUGGUGGUGACGGCGGCAGUGGCGGUGGUUGCGGCGGCUCGGGACGACAACGAUCACAGCAAUCAACCCGUCGCCACCCGAGGAGCGCCGUGGAUCUGCUGCCCUCGAUCUCGCUGGCGCUGGCUGAGGGAUGGCGACGGGGCCGAUGAGUGGCGACAUGGAGGCAACGCCGCCUGGGUUCGUGGAGGAGAUCGACUCCGAUGAGAUCAUCGUGGAGGAGGUGGUGGGAAGGGGAGCGUUUGGAGUGGUGUGCAAAGCCAAGUGGCGGGGCAUGGACGUGGCCAUCAAGCAGAUAGAAAGCGAGUCAGAAAGGAAGGCCUUCAUUGUGGAGCUACGGCAGCUGUCGAGGGUCAACCAUCCCAACAUAGUGAGGCUGUACGGAGCCUGCCUGAACCCUGUCUGUCUGGUGAUGGAGUAUGCUGAAGGAGGCUCCCUCUAUAACGUGCUGCACGGAGCGGAGCCGCUGCCUUACUACACGGCGGCGCACGCCAUGCGCUGGUGCCUGCAGUGCGCGCAGGGUGUGGCCUACCUGCACUGCAUGAAGCCCAAGGCUCUCAUCCACCGUGACCUCAAACCGCCCAACUUGCUGCUCAUAUCUGGAGGGACGAUCUUAAAAAUCUGCGACUUUGGCACGGCCUGCGACAUCCAGACCCACAUGACAAACAACAAGGGCAGUGCUGCCUGGAUGGCCCCAGAGGUGUUUGAAGGCAGCAACUACAGCGAGAAGUGCGACGUGUUCAGCUGGGGCAUCAUCCUGUGGGAAGUCAUCACUCGCCGCAAGCCGUUUGACGAGAUUGGAGGCCCCGCGUUCCGCAUCAUGUGGGCCGUGCACAACGGAACCCGGCCCCCGCUCAUUAAAAACCUGCCCAAGCCGAUCGAGGGCCUCAUGACGCGAUGCUGGGACAAGGAGCCGGCACUCCGGCCCUCCAUGGAGGAGAUCGUGCGCAUUAUGAUACACCUCAUGAAGUAUUUCCCUGGAGCGGAGGAGCCCCUGCAGUACCCGAGCUACAGCUCCGACCUCAGCCAGAGCAACUCGGCCACGAGCACAGAGGUGAUGUCGACGAACACCAGCAACAAGAGCGACGUCCAGGACCACGAGAGCCUCCCGUUCACUCUGAGCGACACCGUGCGGCGCCUUGAGUCGAAGCUCAAGCAGAUCAAGGGCGAGGGCGGAGCGAAGCCGGGGCUGUCUCUGUCGCGUGGCUCCAGCGUCGAGUCCCUGGCGCACUCCCGCGCGGGAACGCCGGCCUUCGAGGGCCACCGCCUGAGCGCCGACUUUAGCACCCUCACCGAGCUCGAGGGCAAGAUCCUGACGGGCGCCACAUCAGCAUCGAGGCACAAACGGGGCCACCGAAAGACUGCCUCAUUUGGUACCAUCCUGGAGGCCUCUAGCAUGGCACUCCCAGCAUCGACAGAUCAGUGGCGGCGCUCGGUGCAAGACCUCCCUACGCUGGGGCCCGAUUCCAACCAGGGGAGUCGCAGCAGCAGCCGAUCGUCAAGUCCGGGCGUGCGCAUGAUCACAGGCGGCGUGGGGGCACGCAGCAUCCCCAACACGCCCGACGACUAUACAGACACCAUGGGCUCCGAUAACUCCAUCCCCAUGGCCUACCUCACCCUGGACCAUCAGCUGCAGCCUCUGGCUCCAUGUCCAACCUCCAAGGAGUCGAUGGCAGUCUUCCAGCAGCACUGCAAGAUGGCCCAGGAGUACCUCAAGGUGCAGACGGAGAUCGCCCUGUUGAUGCAGCGCAAGCAGGAGCUGGUGGCUGAGCUGGAACAGGACGAGAAGGAGCAGCAGAACGCGUCACGGCUCGUGCAGGAGUACAAGAAGCUGAUGGAGGAGACCAAGAGCCUCUCCAGCUACCAUCACAAGUGCAAGGCGCAGCUGGAGCGCAUCCGCGUGCAGCAGCAGCAGAAGAGGCAGGGCUCCUCCUGAAAGCGGGCACAGCCCCAGUGCUUUUCGACAGCUGCGUGCCACGUUUCCCCGCUGAAGCUCAUUCAUUUGACGUGGAAACCCCACCUGUCCCCCCCGCCCAUGCGUAUUCGGCUCUCUCGUCAAAUGACUGGGUGCCGCUCAUGUGGAUGUUGACCUGGUGUUGAGCAAAAAGAGCUGAGAGGGGGGUGGGGGAUGGGGACGCUCUCUGGCUCACAAGGGGUGACUUUUUCAAGUCGCCAAUCAACACACACGAUGGAACACGCCCAAGGGAUACAAAAAAACGUUAAAUUCCCAAUGGACUUUUACUGUGUUCAGGAUAGGAUGAUUAUUUUAAUGAGAUACGCGUUGAUGCAAACUUAUAGCCGAACAAGCACGUGCAUUUAAGUGUACAGUUUGUAAGAAAAUUGUAACUUGUUUGUACGUAUGUUGAACUUCUUUCGCAUUCCGUACAUAGCCAACUGCAAAAUCAUAGGCGCAAGGGAAGGACGACAAAUUGGAGAUGCAGUCACGUAGCAAAUCUCAGUGUUGGAAUGCAGUGCUUACACCUAAUAACUCGAAUAGUAGUUCACGUGCUUUAGAAAACAAUGCAAAGCGUGCACUCUGGUGGCAAGUCGUGGGUCCUUUUCAAAUUACACACAUGUGUCGAGAUUAAAUAGGUUCGACUGCAUGUUGGGAAAACCCAUAAAGCCACGUAUAAACACAGUGGCCGUCCUAGAUAAUUAAGGCUGAACGCGCCAGGUGGCAUUAAAGGAAAAAAAAUAACGAGUUAUCUUGGUUCCAUUCUUCUUAAGGCGAAUUGGUACACUAUGGCCAUGCUUUUACAGUAUUUCAGCUUAGGGAAGUAGUUGAUAUUUGUUCAUGGGCAAUAGUUGAAUGUCGCAACUGUACGGCUUGGCACAAAAGCUUCCGCUGCCUCGGGCAAUCAUUGACAAUGUACAUACAGUAAUGCGAGGCUAUAAGAUGGUACUAUAAAGUGGGUUGUCCAGUCACCUAACCUGAUGUAUUCACUGGAGAUGCAUUCGAGUGUUCGUGACCGAAACAAUUAGUGAUGGAUUUGUCCGGUUUAAACGGCCAGUACGUUUGUAGAAUUUUAGCGGAUGUGUGCAAUUUUAGGGAAGCCUCCACAUUUGGUCAAAGUCACGUGGCUGUCACACGAUUAAUAAACAAUAAGAUGGUUCA